AUGAUUAAUGAUGCAUGUGAAGGUUUAGCUUAUUUAGAAAAGAAUCGUAUUGUUCAUCGAGAUAUAGCAGCAAGCAAUAUAUUAAUUGCUGAUGAUAAUACAGCUAAAAUAUCAGAUUUUGGUUUAGCUAUAUGUUUAGAAACAAUAGGAAAAGAAAAUGGAAAUAAUAUUACGACAGAAAAAAUCAAAUGUCGAACAAAAUGGACUGCACCUGAAGUACUUGAAUCAAAAAAAUAUACACAUAAAAGUGACAUGUGGUCUUAUGGUAUUCUUCUUUGGGAAAUAUUUUCUUAUGGACGAUGUCCUUAUCCUCGUCUACCUGCUGAUGAUGUCUUGAUCAAUUUAAAAGAAGGAUAUCGAAUGGAACCACCAGAUGGUUGUCCAACAGAAAUUGGUGAUAUUAUGCGUCAAGCUUGGCAUGCUGAUUCUAAUCGACGACCAUCAUUUAGCCAAAUACUUGAACGACUUAAACGUUUGGAUGCAUCUUUUUAA